CCCGUGUGCGUGUGGACGUAGAGGUGCGGCUCUCUCUUGUAAUAUGAGACAGUCUCGGUGAACAGCAGCUGCUCGGGUGUUUCCGUGUUCAUUACUUUUUUCCCCUGAACUUUGUGUCAGUGGACCGUCUCCGUGUGAAGCUACAUGUUAAGGUGAAGGUAGAAAGUGUGUGUGAGCUGAUGUGAGCAGCAUGGAUCAGUGUGAGGACAGAGAGGAGGGAGUCCCUCCCUCUAAAAGCACUCUGUGUGGGGAACAUGAGAGCCAGACCAAAGCUCAGAGAGUCAGUGGGAGAACCUGUUGGCCUCAUGUCCUCCAGAGGUUUUCUGAAUCCAGCUGUGUGUCUCUGAGGAGUAAUCAGUCCAGAGAGCCUCCACUGUUCUUUGCUCCAGACAUACCAUCAGACUAUCCUGAACCUGAUCCCAGCUGUGUGUCCUUAAAGAGUAAUCAGUCCAUGGAGCCUCCACUGUUCUUCAAAAAGCAGAUUAUUUCAGAGACAGUACAUGACAGACCAGGCUGCUGUGAACCUGAUCACAGCUGUGUGUCUAUGAAGAGUGACGCCUCCAUGGAGCCACCGCUAUUCUUCAAGAAACCAGCAUCAACCUUUAGAUCAGGAAAACCAAAGAGGAUCUGUCAAAGAACUGUCUCCAAACAGACACGUAGCUGUGAGUCUGUGAAGAGUGAUGCAUCCAUGGAGCCACCACUAUUUUUCAAAAACGUUAUACACUUAAGACCAGGGAAACGAAGGAGAGUGGACCAGCAGAGCUCAGAGGUUCCCAGUGGUCAGUCUGCCCAGCAGCAUCAAACACAGCUGGACUCCAUAUUUAUGCUGCUGGAGGACAACAUCAUCACUUUUGUGAAGAACGAGCUGAAGAAGAUCCAGAAGGUUCUGACUACAGAUUAUGAAGGCAGUGAGAUGGAGGAUGAAGCAGUAUUGCAUUGUGAAGACGAAGAGCAAUGGAGGAGCAACAGAGAGGCAGUUCUGAAAAUCACAGUAAACUUCCUAAGAAGAAUGAAGCAGGAGGAUCUGGUCGACCGUCUGAAGAACAGAACUCCCAGCAGAGUUUGCCAGCAAAACCUUAAAUCUGCACUGAAGAAGAAGUUCCAGUGUGUGUUUGAGGGAAUCGCUAAAGCAGGAAGCCCAACCCUUCUGAAUCAGAUCUACACAGAGCUCUACAUCACAGAGGGAGGGACUGCAGAGGUCAAUGAUGAACAUGAGGUCAGACAGAUUGAAACAGCAUCCAGGAAAACAGACAGACCAGAAACAACAAUCAGACAAGAAGACAUCUUUAAAGCCUCACCUGGAAGAGAUGAACCAAUCAGAACAGUGCUGACAAAGGGAGUGGCUGGCAUUGGGAAAACAGUCUUAACACAGAAAUACACCCUGGACUGGGCUGAAGACAAAGCCAACCAGGACAUCCAGUUCAUAUUUCCAUUCACUUUCAGAGAGCUGAAUGUGCUGAAAGAGGAAAAGUUCAGCUUGGUGGAACUUGUUCAUCACUUCUUUACUGAAACCAAAGAAGCAGGAAUCUGCAGCUUUGAAGACUUCCAGGUUGUGUUCAUCUUUGAUGGUCUGGAUGAGUGUCGACUUCCUCUGGACUUCCACAAAACUACAAUCCUAACUGACCCUAGAAAGUCCACCUCAGUGGAUGUGCUGCUGAUAAACCUCAUCAGGGGGAAACUGCUUCCCUCUGCUCGCCUCUGGAUAACCACACGACCUGCAGCAGCCAAUCAGAUCCCUGCUGACUGUGUUGGCCUGGUGACAGAGGUCAGAGGGUUCACUGACCCACAGAAGGAGGAGUACUUCAGGAAGAGAUUCAGAGAUAAGGAGCAGGCCAGCAGGAUCAUCUCCCAUAUCAAGACAUCACGAAGCCUCCACAUCAUGUGCCACAUCCCAGUCUUCUGCUGGAUCACUGCUACAGUUCUGGAGGAUGUGCUGAAAACCAGAGAGGGAAGACAGCUGCCCAAGACCCUGACUGAGAUGUACAUCCACUUCCUGGUGGUUCAGGCCAAAGUGAAGAAGGUCAAGUAUGAUGGAGGAGCUGAGACAGAUCCACACUGGAGUCCAGAGAGCAGGAAGAUGAUUGAGUCUUUGGGAAAACUGGCUUUUGAUCAGCUGCAGAAAGGAAACCUGAUCUUCUAUGAAUCAGACCUGACAGAGUGUGGCAUCGAUAUCAGAGCAGCCUCAGUGUACUCAGGAGUGUUCACACAGAUCUUUAAAGAGGAGAGAGGACUGUACCAGGACAAGGUGUUCUGCUUCAUCCAUCUGAGUGUUCAGGAGUUUCUGGCUGCUCUUCAUGUCCAUCUGACCUUCAUCCACUCUGGACUCAAUCUGCUGGAAGGACAACAACCAACCUCCAAGAGGUCAAAACCAAGAUACUUUACAGAGACACAUUUCUAUCAAAGUGCUGUGAAUAAGGCGUUACAGAGUCCAAAUGGACACCUGGACUUGUUCCUCCGCUUCCUCCUGGGUCUUUCACUGCACACCAGUCAGUCUCUCCUUCAAGGUCUGCUGAUACAGACAGGAAGUAGCUCACAGACCAAUCAGGAAACAGUUCAGUACAUCAAGGAGAAACUCAGUGAAAAUCUGUCUGCAGAGAAAAGUAUCAAUCUUUUCCACUGUUUGAAUGAACUGAAUGAUCGUUCUCUAAUGAAAGAGAUCCAACAGUCUCUGAGAUCAGGAAGUCUCUCCACAGAUAAACUGUCUCCUGCUCAGUGGUCAGCUCUGGUCUUCAUCUUACUGUCAUCAGAAGAAGAUCUGGAUGUAUUUGACUUGAGAAAAUACUCUGCUUCAGAGGAGGCUCUUCUGAAUCUGUUGCCAGUUGUGAAAGCCUCUAAAAAAGCUCUGCUAAGUUGCUGCAACCUUUCAGAAAGAACAUGUGAAGCUCUUUCCACAGUCCUCUGUUCCCAGUCUUGCAGUCUAAAAGAGCUGGACCUGAGUAACAACAAUCUGCAGGAUUCAGGCGUGAAGUUUCUCUCAGUGGGGCUUGAAAGUCCUCAGUGUACACUGGAAACUCUCAGUUUGUCAGGCUGUCUGAUCACAGAAGAAGGCUGCACUUCUCUUGCAUCAGCUAUCAGCUCCAACCCCUCCCAUCUGAAAGAGCUGGAUCUGAGUUACAAUCACUCAAGAGGCUUCGGGAUGCAACGGCUUUUAGCUGGAAUGAGUGAUCCAAGCUGGAGACUGGAAACUCUGAGGGUGGAGCCUGCUGCAGUCCGAUGGUUGAGACCAGGUCUGAGGAAGUAUUCCUGUCAGCUCACAAUCGACACAAACACAGUUCACACAAACCUCCAACUGUCUGAGAACAACAGGAAGGUGACACAUGUGGAGGAGGUUCUGUCAUAUCCUUAUCAUCCAGACAGAUUUGAUCAGUAUCCUCAGCUCCUGUGCAGAGAUGGUCUGACUGGUCGCUGUUACUGGGAGGUCGAGUGGAGAGGAAUGGUUGAUAUAUCAGUGAGUUACAGAAGAAUCAGAAGGAAGGGAGACAGAUAUGACUGUGAACUUGGAUUUAACGAACAUUCAUGGAGUCUGAGCUGCUUUGAUCAUGGUCCUCAUGCUGUGUGGCACAAUAAGACAAGAACAACAAUCUCCUCCUCCUCCUCCUCCUCUGUCUCUAACAGAGUAGCAGUGUAUGUGGACUGUCCUGCUGGCACUCUGUCCUUCUACAGAGUCUCCUCUGACACUCUGAUCCACCUCCACACCUUCAACACCACAUUCACUGAACCUCUUUAUCCUGGAUUUGUUUUUGGGUCAAAUUCUUCAGUCUUUCUGUGUGCAGUCUAAAGGCUGUCCUCCUUUUACAGAAACACUUCAGAAGUCACGUUUUCAGUAUUUUUAAACAGGCUGUUUGUUAUUAAAGGUUUAUUUUAUUGUUCAAGUGUGAUGUAAGUAUACAGUAUAGUGUGAAUAUAGAACUCGUGUUCCUUCUAAUUAGUUUUGUUGCUCAUAUUUUUUGUUGUGUAUUCUCUCCUGUUCCCUUCAGGCACUACAAUAUCAUAGAUCAAACGGUACACAAUUUUUAAAUUCAAUUCAGAAUGUCUGUAUGGCCUGAACCUUCCUUCCUCCAGUAUUGAUUAUAUAUUAUUUAAUCAGUAAGCAUUCUUUCCACAAUGAUUCAUAGAUGUUCUCACUAUCAAAAUACUCUAUAGAUAUGUUUUAUCGGUCUGGUUGCUAACUUUCGCUUAAGCUGACACUGCAGACAUCUACUGGAUCCACUCUGACGUAUGUAAUCCUCUAACUUUAAAAUAAUUGCACAAUAUACCAACAGUUACAUUGUUAGGGCCCUGAGCUAAAAACAUAGCACUUUAACAUCAGUGAGAGGGUGGUUGAGAAACCAAAAUCAAAGUUUUUUUAAAUUAUUUUACAAUCUGAAAGUUAAUUUAAUAUUUAAUCAUUUAAUUUUAAAUGCCGGGACACCGUCUAUUAUUUUAAUUUGGUUCAGAAUUGUAUAAAAUCUCUUUUUAUGGUUUCAAUUGUUAGGUUCAGUUACUUGAUUUUGUGCUGAGAAAACUGUGUAUACAAUGUAAAAUAGAAGCUAUUUCACCUUACAGACAACUUUGGUACCUGUCAGAAAGCCCACUCUGUCCCUGCUAACAACAUUACUUGGAUUACUUUUUGAAAUGAAAGUAACUCUAAUUAAAUUUAUUGACAUGGUUCUAAUCAAUGUUCCCUCUAAGCUGCGCGUGUGCGCUAUUGCGCACUGCUGGCAUGGUCUCUGCGCACAGAAAAUCUGCGUUGCGCACAAAAAUAAAAUCUAACCUGAAUUGAAAUUGAAAUUAAAACUUUAACACUGCAAUACAGAAUUGUUAGUCAGUAAGUGACUGGCUGCUCCCGUAUGGGAUUAGAACGAUGCCACCUUAUCCCAUAGUCCAGCCAAUAAUGCGAUUCACAUUCGUAUAUACGCAGCUAAGCGUUGACAGGCUAUGACAGCGUCCUUAUGUACCGACACCGGUGUUUUAGCUAGCAAAGCGGCGUGGCUGUUGUGGAGUGAAGCCACGUUAAUGACAACGUGGACAACAGUUAUUGUAAACGUUGUCAUUAAUACAGAGAGUUACAGGACUCUCUCCCAGACCACAGACUCAUACUCCUCGGUCUUUCAUUGCAGAGCAGUCAGACUCUCCUUCGAGGCCUGCUGACACAGACAGGAAGUAGCACACAGACCAAUAAGGAAACAGUCCAGUAAAUCAAGGAGAAACUCAGUGAAAAUCUGUCUGCAGAGAAAAGCAUCAAUCUGUUCCACUGUCUGAAUGAACUGAAUGAUCGUUCUCUAGUGGAGGAGAUCCAACAGUCCCUGAGAUCAGGAAGUCUCUCCACAGAUAAACUGUCUCCUGUUUAGUGGUCAGCUCUGGUCUUCAUCUUAAUGUCAUCAGAAGAAGAUCUGGAUGUUGUAUGGAAUAUCGUGACCUAUGAACUUCUAUCCCCUGAGAUUCAAUUGUACAGUUUGAGCAGUAGCUGAAUAACGCAAAAAAAAUCGCACAGUGUAUGCCCAGUUUAACCAGGUCAGACCUUUUAAUUCCUGCAGUCAUGGUAAAAGCCAUGUUUCAGAAAACAUCUGGAACUGUCUCCACAGUGACAGGUGCUACUACACUCGAUGAUCUGUGAUGAUAAACCUGCAAAGCUUUUAAUAAACGUCCUUAUUAUAAA